CCACGCUAUAUAAUAGUAGAAAAAUCUUUUGUAGUUUUUGAAAAAAACAGCAUAAAGCUUUUUUAACUAAAAUGAUUUUCCGUGAUAUUAAUAGCAAACUCUACCAAUCCAUUUUCUUUAUAUAUAUUUUGUUGGAAACUUUAUUAAUCUCUGGUAUAGCUUAUGGUUGGGCAAGUAUUGUUGUAAUAUUUAAAGACAAGAAACUUUAUGCAAAACUAUGUUCUUCGAUUCUUCAUCAGAACUCAACUUUAAUACAAAAUAGGAUGGAACCAGAGAUACUUAACUGUGAUCAACAAGACAUUAUGUUUAACCUAAUUUUUACAGUGUCAGCAAUUUGCAUAUGCGCUGAAUUUCCAAUUGGUAUUUUGAUUGAUAAAUUUGGUGCAAAGAAAUCCCGAUUAGUUACUGGGUGUUUUUAUGCAAUAUCUUGUCUUGGGCUUGGAUUUGUAAAAGUCGAUUAUGAAGAUUAUUUGUUUCCAAUAUUUAUUGGAAUUGUUUCUGGAGGUGCAGCACAGCUUAUUUCUGCAUACCAAAUGAGCAAUUACAUUUUCUCAACAAAAAUGAAAUCACUUGUUAUAUGCAUUUUAGCUGGAGCGUUUGAUUCAUCAUCAGUAGUUUUGUUAUUGUUUAAGGUUGUCUACGAGGCAGGAUUUACUUUAAAAAGCAUUGUCAUUACUUAUACUGUAGUCAGUUUUAUAAUGACAUUUAUUGGAUCACUUCUUUUAGUUCCUGAUAAAGAAAAGGUUGUAGUAAUAAACAAUCAAGUCAAAAACGAAAGUGGAAACCAAGCUUCCAUUUUCAAAUCAAUAUUUUCUCUGAUGUAUUGUUUACAACUGUUGGUUUUGACAAUUAUACAAUUAAAACUUUGGUAUUAUGUUGGUUCAAUGCAUGACAAUAUUUCAACAUUAACUUUAAACAACCAAACACAAGUGAGUAAAUACACUAAUUUGUUUGGUUAUAUUCAACUUGGCGGAAUAUUUGUAACCCCAAUAGUUGGUCUUUUAUUUCAACAAAGCGAAAAAACUGUUGACGAAAAGCUUGCGUGCCUUCAAUAUUCAGAUAAACACAUCCCUGAAAUUCGAUCUAGCAUAAGACCGUUUGUUGUUACAAUUGUGUUGACACUUAUUCUUUGUGUACUCUCAUUGUUUGCGGAUCUAAGGUUGGAGAUACCCUGCUAUAUGCUAUACACUGUAGUGCGAGGAUUUUUAUAUGCAAACAAUGCAGCUUUUAUUGGAAUUGCAUUUCCAGCAUCACAAUACGGAACGUUGUUUGGCUUAAAUAUUUUUGUUUCUGCCGCUCUUGGAUUUUUCCAGUAUGCCCUAUUCAACCUGACAAAAUAUGCAUUUAAUGGAAAUUCGUUUUGGAUAAACACAAUUCUUUUAAUAUUGGUCACUAUCUGCUUAAUUCAUCCAUUAUAUUUAUUUUGGUACUGCAAACAAACUAAAGUUUCAUUAGUUAAAAAAUGCGAUGAUAAGAAGCCUUUAAUUGACAGAACUCCGGAUCCAUAUAAUGAGACUUUUAUAUAGCUAACUUGGUAGCACACAUGUAGAUUAAUAGAAUAAAAUACAUAUUGGAUUUUCAGAUUAAAAAUAUACAAAUAGAAA